CUGCCCGCUUUUCCCCUCCCUCCCCUACCUGGCUGGCCUCGAUUUGGCUUGUUCUCCCCAGGAAUCAGUCGAUGGAGAGAUCCAAGCGUCUCGGCAUCCCCUCCCUUUUUCCCAGGGCCUGCCACGACACUUAUUCACCGCAUCCCGCCUCCUUAAAACCCCCUGAUUUCACAUGUCCGCAAAAGCUUCAACGUAACUGACAAAACCACCCUCAACGCAGAGAUGCCUCAAAAACUCGAUGCCCCAGCUGUCGCUGGCCAGCUUCCCCAGCCCGCCAAGCCCACGCCCACUUUCAGCCCCGCCGAUGUCACCGUUGUCUUCGUUCUCGGCGGCCCCGGUGCCGGCAAGGGCACCCAGUGCUCGAAGCUGGUUGAGCAGUACGGUUUCAUCCACCUUUCUGCCGGUGACCUUUUACGCGCCGAGCAGGAGCGCCCUGGCUCCCAGUUCGGCGACCUCAUCAAGGACUACAUCAAGAACGGCCUCAUUGUACCCAUGGAGGUGACGAUCCAGCUGCUUGAGAACGCCAUGACCGAGGCGCUCCAGAAGGCGGGCUCCACCAAGGGCCGCUUCCUCGUCGACGGCUUCCCCCGCAAGAUGGACCAGGCCGUCAAGUUCGAGGAGACUGUCUGCCCCGCCAAGAUGGUUCUCUUCUUUGACUGCCCCGAGGAGGUGAUGGAGAAGCGACUCCUCAAGCGUGGCGAGACAUCUGGCCGCUCCGAUGAUAACGCCGAGAGCAUCCGUAAGCGCUUCCGCACCUUUGUCGAGACCAGCAUGCCCGUCGUCAACUACUUUGAGAAGGAGGGCAAGGUGGUCAAGCUCGAUGCCACCCCGACCCCUGACCAGGUCUAUGUCAAGACCCAACUGGCUAUGAAGGAGAGGCUCUCUAUUUAAAGGAGACAGAGGCGUGCUUGCUCUCGUACUCGCUCCUACACUCUAGGCACAAGCCACGCA